UUCCUUCGCUAGCCGCCGCCGCGGGCCCUGAGCAAGCAAGCGUCCCCUCCCGCUGGCGUCCACCGCGCUCAGGUUGCCAGCCGGGCUGGACCUGCUGCUCCGCUGCUCUCCACUCAGCCUCGCGCUCGGCCGGAGAAGCGGAGUCUGCACCCAGAAAGUCUCGGUGGCUGGAGCCGGCGGACUGGGCAUGCUCAGAAGCCAGGGCUGGCUUUGGUCUCAAGUAGGAAGCUUGUGCACUCGGGAGGCAGCGGCGACUUUGGGGAAAGUUGAUCGGAGAGGGGAGGAAGCCCCAGGACGCGGCGCAGCGGCGGGAAGGAGUCCCUGGCAGCCCGGAGGAGCAUGGGCACCCUGCGGGAUUUACAGUACGCGCUCCAGGAGAAGAUCGAGGAGCUGAGGCAGCGGGAUGCUCUCAUCGACGAGCUGGAGCUAGAGUUGGAUCAGAAGGACGAACUGAUCCAGAAGCUGCAGAACGAGCUGGACAAGUACCGCUCGGUGAUCCGGCCGGCCACCCAGCAGGCGCAGAAGCAGAGCGCCAGCACCUUGCAGGGCGAGCCGCGCACCAAGCGGCAGGCGAUCUCCGCGGAGCCCACCGCCUUCGACAUCCAGGAUCUCAGCCAUGUGACCCUGCCCUUCUACCCCAAGAGCCCACAGUCCAAGGAUCUUAUAAAGGAAGCUAUCCUGGACAAUGACUUUAUGAAGAACUUGGAACUGUCACAGAUUCAGGAGAUUGUGGAUUGUAUGUAUCCAGUGGAAUAUGGCAAAGACAGCUGCAUCAUCAAGGAAGGAGAUGUGGGGUCACUGGUGUAUGUCAUGGAAGAUGGGAAAGUUGAAGUCACGAAAGAAGGUGUGAAGCUGUGUACCAUGGGUCCAGGAAAAGUGUUCGGGGAGCUGGCCAUCCUCUACAACUGCACCCGCACGGCGACCGUCAAGACUUUAGUAAAUGUGAAACUCUGGGCCAUUGAUCGGCAAUGUUUUCAAACAAUAAUGAUGAGGACAGGGCUCAUCAAGCAUACCGAGUACAUGGAAUUUUUAAAAAGUGUUCCAACAUUCCAGAGCCUUCCUGAAGAGAUCCUUAGCAAGCUCGCUGAUGUCCUUGAGGAGACCCAUUAUGAAAAUGGGGAAUACAUUAUCAGGCAAGGUGCAAGAGGGGACACCUUCUUUAUCAUCAGCAAAGGAACGGUAAAUGUUACCCGUGAAGAGUCACCAAAUGAAGACCCAAUCUUUCUUAGAACUUUAGGAAAAGGAGACUGGUUUGGAGAGAAGGCUUUGCAAGGGGAAGACGUGAGAACAGCAAAUGUAAUUGCUGCAGAAGCUGUGACCUGCCUUGUGAUUGACAGAGAUUCUUUCAAACAUUUGAUUGGAGGAUUGGAUGAUGUUUCGAAUAAAGCAUACGAAGAUGCAGAAGCUAAAGCAAAAUAUGAAGCUGAAGCUGCAUUCUUCGCCAACCUGAAGCUGUCUGAUUUCAACAUCAUUGACACCCUUGGAGUUGGAGGUUUUGGACGAGUAGAACUGGUCCAGUUGAAAAGCGAAGAAUCCAAAACCUUUGCGAUGAAGAUUCUCAAGAAACGUCAUAUUGUGGAUACAAGACAGCAGGAGCACAUUCGCUCUGAGAAGCAGAUCAUGCAGGGGGCUCAUUCCGACUUCAUAGUGAGGCUUUACAGAACGUUUAAGGACAGCAAAUAUUUGUACAUGUUGAUGGAGGCUUGCCUAGGCGGAGAACUCUGGACCAUUCUCAGGGAUAGAGGUUCAUUUGAAGAUUCAACAACACGAUUUUACACAGCAUGUGUCGUAGAAGCUUUUGCUUAUCUCCAUUCCAAAGGAAUCAUUUAUAGGGACCUCAAGCCAGAAAAUCUCAUCCUAGAUCAUCGAGGUUACGCCAAGCUGGUUGAUUUUGGCUUUGCAAAGAAAAUAGGAUUUGGAAAGAAAACAUGGACUUUUUGUGGAACUCCAGAGUAUGUAGCUCCAGAGAUCAUCCUAAACAAAGGCCACGACAUUUCAGCAGACUACUGGUCACUGGGAAUUCUAAUGUAUGAACUUCUGACUGGCAGUCCACCUUUCUCAGGCCCAGAUCCCAUGAAAACCUACAACAUCAUACUGAGGGGGAUCGACAUGAUAGAAUUUCCAAAGAAGAUUGCUAAAAAUGCUGCAAAUUUAAUUAAGAAACUAUGCAGGGAUAAUCCAUCAGAAAGGCUAGGAAACUUGAAAAAUGGAGUGAAAGACAUUCAAAAGCACAAAUGGUUUGAGGGCUUUAACUGGGAAGGCUUACGAAAAGGCACCUUGACGCCUCCCAUAAUUCCAAGUGUUGCAUCACCAACAGACACAAGCAAUUUUGAUAGUUUCCCUGAGGACAGUGAUGAGCCACCCCCUGACGACAACUCGGGCUGGGACAUAGACUUCUAAUGGAUUUCUCUUACCUGCUUCUGCCUUGCUGAAGACAGCUUUUUCUGAGACACAGCUGCCAGCAAACUUGAGGGAAAGAGAGAAGAUUAGUGCUCGGGGUCACCAUGAUGCCUUUGAUCGAUGCUGCUCCAGUAACUACAGUGGCAUUAGGACUUAUGCUUAGAUGACAAUAGUGCUCUUUACAUGUUUUCUGUUUGACUCUAAAAUAGCAGUUGACAUGGUGGUCCUGAAGCAAAGCCUUUCAUCCGUGAAGAGAUGUUUUCUGUUGCAAUGGUCUCGCUUUGCUCUGAUAAUCCUUUGAAAGACUGUAGGAAACACAUCAAUCUAGUAAAAGAGUCUGUACCUUGCUAGAAUUAUCUAGAUAAUGAAAGAAUAAUAUAUUGGGUACGAUAGGUUACUAUGGUACAGAAUUUAGGCUAAUCCCUUUCUUCAAGUAAAGGUUGUAGGAUUUCUUACUGCAAGCCGGUGUAUAUACCGUAUGAAAGAGGACCACACAUCUGUGGGCCACAGAGUUCAUGUCAAAUCAGUGCUAAAAGUUUCAUGAUUUUAUUUCCCAACAGUGCUGACGACAAGACUGAAUGUUACCUUUUCUUUCAGACAGAUUUUAAAAAUUGCUAAGAUAAAAGCACAACGGCUGCUGUGAAUAUUCACAGCAGGUGUAUAUGCAUUUUCACAGAAGAUUGAAAAGAUGCAUGAUAUUUGUUUGUUUCUUUUGAUAAAUUGGCAUGACAGCGUGGAGAAAAAGGCAAUUCCCAAAACCAUUUCAUUUUUUAAAAAGAUGUUGUACUUAAAGAUGGUCCUGGAAAUAAGUGACUAGCAGCCAAUUGGUUUUGUUUAUUACCUAAUAUGCCCUCAAACUGAGGCUUAAAAUAUUCCCUUUUAUAAAAAUAAACCCUUGGGAUGAGGGUAGGGUAGGGUAGGGUGGGAGGGAAAAGUACCCAUCCAAAAAGUAAAAUAAAAAAAAAACAAAAAACUAUAGGUGCUAUGUAUAUCUUUCAUCUGUAAUGUCAAUGUCUGAACAGGCAACACAAAUUCUAAUCAUUAUAUGUCUAGCCAGACUCAAGCAUUUUCACUAAAUUUAUUAAAUCAAACGCAUGUCAGAUUUCACUUCCACAACAUAAUCUAGAUUUGAGAGGGAAAAUGGUGAUUAAAAAUCUGUUUGACCUAGCAUUUUGUCUUAGGCCUGAACCAAACAGAGAAAGAGCGAGCAUGAGAUAGAGAGACAGAGACAGAGAGAUAGAGAGAGCGAGAGCGAGAGAGAGAGAGAGAGAGAGAGAGAGAGAGAGAGAGAAAGAGAGAGAGAGAGAAAGAGAAACAAAAACAAAGUAAGCACAAAGUCACGAUUCCUAAGAUCUACUAAAUCAGAAACCUUACUUCUAUGAGGUCAGAGAACAAGAAAGGAAACUGGCCACCUGUUGAUUACAUUUUUUCCUUGAUCGAACUCAAACCCUUGUCAUAGUAGGAAAGUAUGAGAGAAAAAUGAAAAUCUGAUAUUUUAAAAAUAAACAGAUAAAUAGAAAGGAAACAUCAUGAUCCUGAAAUUUCAUACUAGCUAGGAAAGACGAGAUGUGAAAACAUCCAACUGAUUUUCUUUUUUGUCAUAGGGAAAAGAAUCUACAAAUUAAAUUGAGUCUGUUGUUGGCAGGCCAGUUGACCAUGAUUAGCUGUCAUACAUAGCAGAGCCAUUUGGGAAGCUUUUCUUGAACAGAUAGCAUUCUAUCCAUGCAGAUAAAUGGAUAACCUUCCAGCUGUCUCACUGAUUUGGAGCUAUAUGUAAAUUUGGUAUAAUAAAUACAGGUUUGCUGUAGAGUUUUUAAAAUCAAUCAAAUAUACGUUACCACAAAAAUAUGUCCAAUCAGAUCAUGUAAUAGCCAAGAAAGCAUAUAUUACAAAUUUUAUUUUAAAUUUUCAUAUUCAAAACUACCUUAGAAUGUGACAUCAGAAUAAAAUAUUCUAAAAUAAUUUGGAGGAUAAAACUACUAAGAUAUUAUUGUCUUUGGAACUAUCCCUCUUAUAAGCAAUUUCUCAAAAUCAAUCUAUUUGCCAACAUGUAUAUUUUCUGCUAUACAUUUUAGAAUAUAAAAUUAAACAUAUUAUAUUCUAGCUCUGAAUACUAUUUCAGAAGUGUUAUAUUUCUUUUCAUUGGGUUUUAAAAUUAUACAGUUCCACAUUGUCUUAUGUUUUCAAUAAUUUUCAUUGGAAGUGCUGUUAAAGGCUUGCUAGAAUAAUGAAAAAAUAAAUGUGCUUUUACAAUUACUGAAAUAUCCAAAACGCCCCUGAAAAAUGAGCACUUACUAUGGAUUUUGUGACGAUGGUUCAAGUCUAAGACAACCCAUGAUUUGUAUCAGUUCUAUGGAGAAGGAAGAAGUAGCAUUCAGCACAGUGUGACCUUAGUGUUUUGGAUUUUUUUUUCCUGCUUGUAACUGCAUCUUGUUCAUUUCACCGGCGCCAUUGCAUUAGGAUGUCUAAAGCAAUCACCAAAAACAAAGGUAAACUAUAUCUUCCGAAAAUUACUUACUGAUAACAUUCAUCUGAUUUUCAACAGUGAAUUUUAAGGAAUUAAAUCUUGUCUUAAUGAAGACACUAGGGCUAUAAUUCAUGGUCAGUCUCAUAAAGUGCAUCUCACUUUUUUCUGAAUUGUUCAUGGCCCCUCUUUUUAUUUUCCUUUAAGAACAUCUGAAUCAGCUAGAAUAGUGCCAACUCGUUUGAUUUGUUAACUGACUUUCUUGUUAAUACUUUGAGUUUGGGAAAUAAGGGCUUUCUGUGUUUGUUCAACCACAGGAAAACUGCAAAUUGCAAAGGGAAGGAAUCUUGUAAUAUUUGAAAUAAAUUGAACUCAUUAGAGAAAAUGAUUUCUGGAAAAUUGAUAUAAUCAACUUUUAUGUUUGUUACCUUCUUCAUUAUUAAGAUAUGAAUCAGAUCCAUGUCACAUUUAAAACAAAUUUAUUUUCAUUAUCUUCUUUAUGAGUCAUACUUUUGCUUAAAAUUACAGAGCAUACAUGUGAAUUACACAUGUAUAAUAAUAAAAUCAACUAUUAAAUCUCUCGUUUCAUUUAUGAAUGUUGAUGAACUGGUGAUGAAUUUAAAGAGGUCAGCUACCACAUUAAACACAAAGAUUUUAGAACUGAUACCAUAAAAUAGAGGUGAUCUGUGCAUUUUCCAUAACAAUGUUUUGUUUCACAAGGACCACAGACAAAUAUUUAUGUAAAUAGAUAUUUUUGUGUGAAAUUUUGUGGUACAUAUAACUUUUUUUUAGUGUCUCACAGCAUUAUUAUUUCAUUUUAUUUGUAUUGAAUAAUGUUUUUAGGUCCAAGUAGACUUGAAUUAAUGUCAUAAUUGUCAGUAUUAUUGAAGAUUAUGCCAACAGUACUGUUAUUCAUCUGUCCUAUAGUUUAGAACAUGACCUGGCUAUCUGGCAUUGUUGCAAGUGCCUUAAAUUCAUGGCAUCUUAUUAAAAAAAAUUUGGUGUUAUGCUGCAUGACAAGACAAACACACCUCAAAAUGUUGUCCUUUCUUAGCUUGCUGCGUUUUACAGUUCUUUCUGCUAACGAUUUAUAAGCCUUUAUUACAUAAUAUUGAUCAAUUACAGAAAUGAUGAAGUUGUUCUCUUAUUUCUGUUACAUGUACCAGAGCUGUGUAUCUGUUAAUGAGAUACAGCGUCAUUUCUGUGAAAUGUAUAAAUGUAUGUGCAGGUCAAAUUAAUAUAUGACAUACUAUCAGUCUGUAUACAGGUAUUCCUGUUUUGUCGAGCUGUGCAGAUUCAGUUUUAAAAAAUUAGUGCAGUCAAAUUCUACCACAUCUCAUUUGAUAGGCUCCAUUAACAAUGGUCCAACCCAAAAGAAAAAUUGGAAGUGACUGCUAAUCACACCUCGUUAUGAAACCAAUGAUGAAAAAGUACCUUGGUGCACCAUUAAACAAAACAGGAUUCUUUCUCUGAGUUCUUGUAUAUGCAAAUCAUUUGUAAGGAAAGUUUUCAACAGAACUAAGAAGCAGAGCAUUGCAAGUAUGUUAUGAGCCCUCCUCUUUAUCUGCCCCUGCAUCAACAGACAGCUCUGGGACCUUGGCAAUGACUCAGAGGUUUGGGCUUUCUGAGUAAAGACAUUUCUUUAAGCAUCAUCUAUCCAAUUUAUUUCAAUGUAUGAUGUUUUUACAACUGGUCAGUUCUUUUGUAUUCUUAUAGCUAUGGUUAUUGGAUUGUCCUCUUCCGAUUUGUUCUACAUGAAAGAGUCCUUUGUUAGUCAGAAUGCAACAAACUGUCAUCAAAUGGUCAUUGACUACUUGCACUCUUUUGAUGUAGAUUAAAAACUUUUUCAUAAAUUUAACUUGCUUUGAUUUGCUCUGUAUUUUUCCUGCAGCUGUAAUUGCCGAGUGCCUGUUGUAUACUUUAUAGAGUUGAAAUAAAAAAAAUUACUUUUGAA